AAACUUCGGCACAACCGCACACCGGCAGGAAAAUUACGCGACGAGUUAUGGCAGGCCACUACUUACCAAGAAUGGGAGAAUAAGGCUCGUGAACUAGAUGUUAUGCUAGGCAACGAUGUUUGGAAAGCCAAUCCUAGAUCUCCUUAUUAUGACUACAAACUGAUUGAGCACCGACUUUCACUUCUUCGUGAGGAUCGCAAGAAGCAAGAUGUUAUGGCCGUAAUUUAUUUGUUACGAUGUGGUUUGCUGAGAAAUCUCGGUGGGCUUAAUGACGUCAGACUGUUCCAGAGGUCCUAUUUGGGCACAAAAAACCUCAUUGAAGAGUAUACUCGCGAAGUCGUGUCUCAGCUCGAAUACGUUGCUAACUCGGAACUGACUCUCCAAUCGAAAGUCGAAUUCUUUCAUGACACGAAACAAUCUUUCGGUUGCUCUGCUUUGGUGUUAUAUGGAGGAGCGGCGUUCGGACUGUACCAUCUCGGUGUGGUUAAGGCGUUGAACGAACGUGGGUUAUUGCCAAGAAUUAUUAGCGGGACUGCUAUUGGUGCACUAAUUGCGGCGCUUGUCUGCAUUAAUACUGAUGAAGAGCUGCCUCAAAUCUUCCAACCUAAUGGAAUCGAUCUCGGAGCAUUUAGUAGAGUGGGCCAGAAAGGCAAUGUGCGAAGAAAAAUUACUCGUUAUUUAAUGGAUGUCAGGGUGUUACAAGAAUGUGUCGAGAGUAAUAUUGGAAACUUGACUUUCGAAGAAGCAUUUAUAAAGACAAAGCGCAUUCUCAAUAUCACUGUAAAUUCUGCAAGAAAAUUCGAAGUCCCUCAACUAUUGAACUACUUGACUGCGCCAAAUGUUUUGAUUCGAAGCGCUGCUCUUGCAUCUGUGGCAGUUACAGGAUUGUAUGAUAGUGUCGAUUUACUGGCCAAAGAUAAAACCGGCGCCAUUGUUCCAUGGGCACCAUCACAUAUACAAUGGAAAGAUUCUGUUCCGUCUGAAAGCGAAUAUCCAUUUCAACGUAUAACAGAACUCUUCAACGUCAAUCAUUUCAUUCUUUCCCAAGCCAAUCCGGCCGUGGUACCGUUCAUGCCUAAAGAGUCUUCAAACAAGAUAAAUGGGUUUCUCCUGAAAUGUGGACAUUUUAUUUCAUCGGAAGUUCAACACCGGCUGUAUCAGCUCGAACACAUGCAUCUCCUUCCUAAACUGUUUCGUAGCGUUGUCGACGAAAAGCUUACUGCAAACGUCACUAUAACGCCACACAUUUCUUUUUCCGACUUCAAACAACUUGUAUCAAAUCCCACCAACAAUUCUCUUGAUUACUGGAUUAAAAAAGGCGAGCAAUCUACAUGGCCAUUGUUGGCUUUGAUUAGAAAUAGAACUUCAAUUGAGUUGGCUUUGGAUCGAUUGACAUUGAGUCUUAAACAAACCCAAAGUGAUCGAGUGACUGCUACCCUAACCGAAGAACGGAAAAAAAGAACAAGAACCAAAUCCAUCCAAUAA